GUGGGACGGUUAGAAAAUCUGUUUGAUAAAGAGUGGGAGUCAAUGUGCUGGUGAAGUUACAAGCUUGCGCACGUUCGUUGCUAAGCAAUGUAAUGUUUUUUGGGGUUAUCUUUUAUUAGUACUGCUGAUACCUCACAUACCGUUAAAAGGCACCUGUGUCUGAUAUGACCGCCUCUCAGGGCCCCCAGGACUGGAUCUCCCAGCAGGCUAAGCUCUCAGGGUACCGGGCUGUGGGCUCUGAGAUGGACUGGCAGACUCCAGCUCUCUCAGAGAAGUUCCAGAGCCGUUGUGGGCGGCGGCCUGACAGUGUGGAUACAGGGCUGGGCUCCGCCCACUCAGACAGCACAGAGGAUUUUUGCUGUUCCAGCGGCAGCCCUUCCUUCCAGCCAAUCCGCAGUCAGAUCUCCAUCCCCACUGCCCAUGUCAUGCCCUCCACGUCAGGCCCCGUCCCCUGCAGGCCCCCCCCACGGCCUGCAGAUGAGCCCCCGCCUCCGGCUGAUGCCCGUGGCAGCUCCAAGCCCCCCUCCCUCCCCAAAUCUGCCUCCUCCCCCAACCUGGAGGCUCAGGAGCGGGGCCGGGGGGCGGGGGACUGUCUGAGCCGCUACCGCAGCCUGGUGAAUGGGCUGGACCACUCGCUGCUGCCCCCUGCUGAUGGCCUGGGGUUCGACAUGCCGGCCAUGGAGCCCACGCUGAACCAGUCGGCCUUGCUGCACUCUUUCUGCCCUGACCCUCGGGCACAGCUGCACCUGACCGGCCUGUCCGACACUGACUCUGCCUACAAGGCCCUGCCUGAGGCAGCCACGCCCAACGCCCCGCCCAACACCACACCCGACGCGUUUGGCCUGAGGCCUGCUGGCUCCCCUGGCCUGGCCCCGCCCCAGGCCCCGCCCGCUCACUCCUGGCUGAGGGAGCCGCAGGGCGGCGCUGGGUUCGACCCGCGCUGGCAACAGCUGGAAAAGCUCCGCCUGCAGGUGGAGCAGAUGCAGCUUCUGACUACAGGGCAGUACUCCUCUCUGUACCCGCCAACCCUGCCACCAGAGGGCGGAGCAUGGGACACUGUUGUCAAGGCCAGCGAGAGCCUGCUGAAGGAGAAGGAGCUUGUCAUUGACAGGCAGAAGCAGCAGAUGGCGCAGCUGGAGCAGCGGCUGCGUGAGAGUGAGAUGCAGGUGCACGGGGCCCUGCUGGGGCGUGGAGCACCCUACCCUGACGUCUGUCUGCUUCGACUGCAGGAGGCUCAGCGGGAGAAUGCCUUCCUGCGGGCGCAGUUUGUCGAGCGCACAGACGGUCUGGCCCAGGAGAAGGCGGAAGCAGAACGGAGGCUGGCGGCGGAGGAGGCGGAGUCACGCAGACUGAGUGACGUGCUGCAGGAGGCGGGGCUGAAGCACAGCGAGGAGAUGAAGAAGCAAGAAGAGCGGAUCCGCAGCAGGGACAAGCACAUCAGCAGUCUGAAGAAGAAGUGUCAGAAGGAGAGCGAGGAGAGCCGGGAGAAGCAGCAGCGCAUCGAGACGCUGGAGCGCUACCUAGGCGACCUGCCCACCUUGGAGGACUACCAGACGCAGAGCAAGCAGCUGGAGCAGGCGCAGCAGCAGGUGACUCAGCUGCAGGCUCGGGGGGCGGAGCUGGAGGCGGAGCUGGGAGAGGCCAGAGCUUCUGCCCUGGAGAGAGACGCUCAGCUGGAGCAGCACAGACUGAGAGAGAGAGACCUGCUCUCCACCGUGACCAGCCUGCAGGAGCGGGUGCAGGAGGGGCUGGAGGACGGGGUCCGGCUGCCCUCUCUGGAUGUGGAGAAACUGCAGGAGGAGAACAGCAGCCUGAGGGAGGAGCUUCAGAGGCAGAGAAAGAUCAUUGAGAAGCAGCAGAAGGUGAUGGAUCAGAUGAGAACACAGAUUGGGGCGCUCCAUGCUCAGGCCCUGCAGGAGGAGGGAGGAGUCCAGGCUCUGAGGGAGGAGCUCUGUGGGAAGGAGCAGGACCUGCUGCAGCUGCGCAGAGCUGUGAAGGAGCUCUCUGCUCAGAACCAGGAGCUGAUGGAGGGGAAGUUGACCCUGCAGGAGCGUUUGGCGGGGUCUGUCUCUGGGCUGCCCCCCGCCCCGGCCGUAACCCAGCUGACGCAGCGUCUCCAUGGCGAGCUGUCGGCCUGCCUGGGGGACCUGCGUUCCCUGUGCAACGUCCUGACCCAGCGAGCUCAAGGCCGGGACCCCAACCUGUCCCUGCUGCUGGGGAUCACCUCCCCGCCCCCGGUGGCAGAGGGGCGUGAUGAUUGGCCGGAGGAGACUCUGGACAGGAAGCUGCUGGAGGUGCAGCAGCUGCGGCGGGACGUGGAGGAGCUGCGGACCAGCGUGUCGGACCGCUACGCCCAGGACAUGGGGGACAACUGCACCACGCAGUGACAGGCGGGGCUGGGUGUGGGCGGGGCAGGGCGGGGCACACUGGGGGGCCACGCAGCAGUGUGGAGGCUUGGGGAAGUGCCUGUCCCGUGGGCCCUUCAGAGGAACCCGCCCCGCCCCCUCUGCUGAAAACCACACCCUCAUCUCAUCUCAGCACUAACCUCCCGCAUGUGUGCAGUGUUGUAACGGUAAAGAAGACUUUGGUGUAGCAGCUGAUAUAUUAGUUGGUCCAAUCAGUUCACAUAUUUUUGUUGAUGGGUGUGGCCUCAACACUAAGUAUUUAUUUACACAUAGACUGUAGCCAGGGCAACAGUACACAGUAUGACAGCAGUACAGCAUGAAUAUGCUCUUUUGUUUACGUCUUCCUUUGAAUAACGGACUCUACCACAUUCUCCCAUAACCCUGGGCAAGCCUGUUCCUGUAGAGGACACCUGUAUUUUUACUGAAGACACACCUGUUUCUGCCUGGAUACUCCCAUUUCUGCUGUGGACACGCCCAUUUCUGCCCUGGACGCACCCAUUUCUGGCCAGGACACGCCCAUUUAUGCCAUGGACAUGCCCAUUUAUGCCAUGGACACACCCAUUUCUGCCCAGAACAUGCCCAUUUAUGCCGUGGACAUGCCUGUUUCUACUCUGGGCACACCUGUCUUCAGCCCUACCCAGUCUGGCUGUACAUGCCUCUUACUCAGAGAGACCACACUGGGAGGCCUGGAAACACGUGGUCUCUUUGAGCUUUCUUAGUUUGCCUUUCAUACAGUAUAUUUGCAUUUUUGGUGGAUUAUAGCUAACCUAGCUGAGCCUUUCAUUGUAUCUUUAAAAAAGGGUUUGGAUGCGAGUCGACAUGAACAGCCUUCCUCUUAAAUAAAAACCCCACAAUUUUACUGUAUAGAUGUUGUGACGUGUGUGGAUGUGAGGUGUGCAGAUGUGAGGUUUGUAGAUGUGAGGUGUGUAGAGGCUGCAAUAUUUGUGUCAGAAUGGUGAAGAAUACUAACUAAUACUAAUGGUGCAGUGCCCUGUGCUGUGGCACCCCUGCAGGUUUGGGGGUGCAGCGUAACAGAAACAUGCUGAUCCUGUCCAAACUAAGGGAUCGCAGCACUGAGCUCCAAACUGCCUGAGUUUGCCCAGACAGUGGCCUCUGCUUAUCCGGCCUGAACCCUGUUUACUACCCCCCCCCCUUUCCCCACUAAACCCUGUCUGCUACCCCCCCUUUCCCCCCUGUACUCUGCACAGCCCCCCCCCCCUUUUGCUGCUUGCCAUUUUUGACUGACCAGCAUCUCUCUUAAACAUCUGUAAUGGAACACUAAGUACUGACCAGCAGAAUCACGUGCGGGGAUUGUACACGCUGUACAGUGUUUAUGAGACUGUGGUUACGGGCUCAUUUUUAUGUGCUGUUGGUAUUUGUGUGUCAGUCAAAUAAUGCAUUAAGCCUUCAAGGAACCCUUUCAGACUGUAACGAUGUCCAAGUGCCUGUGAUUGCAGACUGAUGCUCUGACUGAGCGACUGCGUCUGGUUUCUUUUGCAAGACCGCUGAAGACAACCAAACCAGCCUGCUUUCAUAACAUUAUUUUUUUGUCAAAAAUGAAGAUGUUUAUAUUUGAAAAUUGGUUAUUUUUAGACCCAUGUUGAAUUUGUAUUUUUUAGAAAUAAAGUUUGUUUUCAGUAA